AUAUCCGAUCAACGUUAGACUGUGGUGGCGUAGAUGCGUUAAGACCUUGCUAAUUCAAUUUUUUAACAUAUAAAUUUACAGAUAUCGAUUUAACAUGGUGCAUAGAUUCGCAAUCCAUCUACAGCCAGUCGGACUUAUUCUGCUGGAAACAUGUUUGAGUUUGGACGUAUUUUCUUCGUAAUUAACAAAACUGCUGGCGAGCUCAGAUUGAACUGGUGAAGGUUUACACAAGCCAGCGUUGAUCUUCAGUAUGUCAGAGAUGGAAGGGGCCUCUCCUAAGAUGAGUCUCCCAGAGAAACACCGUAUGAGAUCAGGUUCACAUGCACCCAGCUCUGUGUCUAUGAAGAGUGAUUGGUCAAUGGAAAAACCACCAGACCUGACAAGUGAGGGGAAACCUGCAUCUACCACAAGCUUUUUGUCUCUGAAGAGUGACUGGUCGAUGGAAAAACCACCAGACCUGACCUGUAAAAGAAAACUCAUGUCUACCAAAAGGCUUUUAUCUGAGACACAAGAUUUCCAGGCUCACAAAAACCACAAGAAUUUUACAGACAAUCUUCAAGAGAUUUUCAAGAAUCUGGAAAGCCAAAUAAUCUCAUUCCUUACCAACGAGUUUGAAAUGUUUAAAAAAAUAUUACUAAGAGUAAACACAAAUAAUUUUGUAAAGGAUUUUAAUGAGAACAGAUGCAGCAUCAGAGAAGCAGCUCUUGAUCUCACACUCUACUUCCUGAGAGAAAUGAAGCAAGAUGAAGCUGCAGAUACUCUAGAAGAUGAGCUGUUCUUCAUUCAUCAGCUGAAAUGUGGCCUACAGAAGAAGUAUCAGUGUGUGUUUGAAGGAAUUGCACAGCAAGGAGACUCCACACUCCUGAAGAACAUCUACACAGAUCUCUAUAUCACUCAGGGUGGCAGUGAACAGGUCAAUACUAAACAUGAGGUCAGACAGAUUGAAGUUACUUCUAGACACCAUGAAGCUCAAGAGAUACAGGUUGAAUGCAGACAUUUGUUUGAAGCGUCUGAACAAGACAAGCAGAUCAGAACUGUACUGACAAAAGGAGUCGCUGGCAUCGGGAAAUCAGUCUCUGUGCAAAAGUUUGUUCUGGAUUGGGCUGAAGGAAAGGAAAAUCAAGAGAUCAGCUUCAUAUUUCCUCUUCCAUUCAGAGAGAUGAACUUAAAGGAGAAAGAAACACUCAGUUUGAUGGAGCUUAUAACUCAGUUUUACCCAGAGACAAAAGGACUGAACCUUACAAGAAGGAAUCGAUUCAAAGUCCUGUUCAUCCUUGAUGGAUUGGAUGAAUGUCGUCUUCCUCUGAACUUUGCUGGUAAUGAGACGUGUUGUGAUGUUUCGUCACCAGUCUCUCUGGAUGUUCUCCUGACGAAUCUCAUCAAGGGAAAUCUGCUUCCUUCUGCUCUCAUCUGGAUCACCAGCAGACCAGCAGCUGCCAGUAAGAUUCCUCCUGACUGUAUCGACAGAGUGACAGAAGUUAGAGGAUUCAAUGAUGAACAAAAGGUCGAGUACUUCAGAAAAAGACUCACAGAUGAGAAUCAGGCCAAAGAAAUCAUUGAUCAUGUUAAACAAUCAAAGAGUCUCUUCAUCAUGUGCCACAUCCCAGUCUUCUGCUGGAUUUCAGCCACUGUUCUCCAGAACUUUUUACAGGAGAAGAGAAAUAAUGAUGUGAAACACAAUCAGGCUGAUUCCAAAACACUGCAGGAAUCAAACACUGAAGACACUCCCAAGACUCUGACACAGAUGUACACACACUUUCUGCGCUUUCAGAUCCAGCAGAGCAGACGAAAGUAUGAUGGAGAAAACACACCAGAUGUGUCCUGGGAUAAAGACGCCAUCCUUUCACUGGGGAAACUGGCAUUUCAGCAGCUGCUAAACAGCAACCUGAUCUUCUAUGACACAGACCUGGAAGCCUGUGGUAUUGACGUCUAUAAGGCCUCAGUUUACUCAGGCAUGUGUACCCAGAUCUUUAAGAAGGAAACAGGGAUUGUUCUUGGUACCAUGUACUGCUUUGUUCACUUGAGCGUUCAAGAGUUUAUUGCAGCCCUUUAUGCACAUCUGAUUCUAGACAUCAACAAGAAAAGUGUGUUUGAUCAAGACUCUAGAAACAGAAAUGAGUCCAUGAUUGAUUUGCUGAAGACUGCAGUGGACAAGGCACUUGAGAGUGACAAUGGACACCUGGACCUUUUCCUUCGCUUUCUUCUUGGUCUGUCUCUCCAGUCAAAUCGGCGACUCUUACGAGGUCUGUUUGCACAGCACGACCACAAUAACAAAUGGAACAUAUGGAGCAUAUGGAAAAUAUUUCAGUACUUCUUUAGAACAGCAGAUCAGCAGCAAGACCACAAUGACCUUAGCAAAGAGGAAAUAGUUCAGUACCUCAAGCAGAAGUUUGAAGCGAAUCUUUCUCCAGAGAGAUCCAUCAAUCUGUUCUACUGUCUGAAUGAACUGAACGACCAAACUCUGGUGAAAGAAAUUCAGACUCGCCUUAGUAAAGGAAGUCUCUCAUCUGCUGAUCUUUCACCUGCCCAGUGGUCUGCUUUGGCCUUUGUGUUGUUGACAUCAGAGGAGGAGAUGGAGGAGUUUGAGCUCCAGAAAUUCAAGAAAUCAGACGAGUGUCUCAUCAGACUAUCAGCAGUCAUCAAAACCUCCAAAAGAGCUCUGCUCAGUAAGUGUAAUCUAACAGAGGAAAGCUGUUCAGCUCUUGCUUCAGUUCUCAGAUCAGACUCCAGCAGUCUGAAGGAUCUUGACCUGAGCAAUAAUAAUCUGCAGGAUUCAGGAGUGAAGCUGCUCUCUGAUGGACUGAAGGACAACUGUAAAUUGGAGAAACUCGGACUAUCAGACUGCAGUAUCAGUGAAGAAGGUUAUAAAGCUCUGGCUUCAGCUCUGAGAUCAAACCCUUCACACCUGAUAGAGCUGGAUCUCAGAGGAAAUGAUCCUGGACCAUCAGGAGUGAAGGAGCUCACUGAUGCAUUACUGGAUACAAAGUGUAAAGCAAAACUGAGGUUUUUGAGUUCUGCUGCUGAUGAAUUCUGUCAGUUUGUGACUGGAAUUAUGGGUAAAAACCCGUUACUCCUGAAAGAACUGAAUCUGAGUGAUCGUGAACUAGGAGACACACGAGUGAAUCAACUCUCUGAUCUACUGCAGGACAAACACUGUCAGAUCAACACACUCAUGCUGAAGAAUAACAGGAUUACAGCAGAAGGUUGUGCUGACUUGAUGUCCGCAUUUAAUUCAAACCCUUCACACCUGACAGAGCUCAAUCUGAGUGUGAAUGAACUAGGAGACUUAGGAGUAGAGAAGAUCUGUCCACUGCUGGAAAAUACACUGUGCAGAUUGGAGAAAUUAAAUCUGUCAGACUGCAGUAUCACUGGACAAAGUUAUGAAACUUUGGCUUCAGUUCUGAGAUCAAACUUGUAUCUAAAAGAGCUAGAUCUCAGAGGAAAUGAUCCUGGAAAAUCAGGAGUGAAAAAGUUCAUUGAUUUCCUGCAGGAGGGAUCAUGUAAAUUACAGAUUAUCCGGUUUCUGAAGAGUCCUGAUGCAGAGGAAGCAUGCGAGUAUCUCACUAAAGAUUUGGUCAUAAAUCCAUUAUUACUGACAGAACUGGAUCUAAGUAAAGUUAAAUUAGGACAUCUGGAUGGAGAGAAAUUCUCUGCUUUUUUGAUGGACUCGCAUAAUAAAGUGGAGAAAAUAAAGCUGAAUAACUGUAAGCUGACAGAGAAAAGCUGUUCAGUUCUAGCUGCUGUUCUCUCCUCCAAAACCAUCCUGAAAGAGAUGAACCUGAACAACAGUCGUCUGCUGGACUCAGGAGUCAGAAAGAUCUGUGAGGGACUGAAGAAUCCUGUGUGUGAGCUGAAGAUACUCAAUCUUUCAGACUGCAGUAUCAGUGAAGAAGGUUAUAAAGCUCUGGCUUCAGCUCUGAGAUCAAACCCUUCACACCUGAUAGAGCUGGAUCUCAGAGGAAAUGAUCCUGGACAAUCAGGAGUGAAGGAGCUCUUUAAUGUCCUACAGGAUCCUCAGUUUAAAACAAAAAUUAGGUUAUUGAGUCCAGCUGCUGAUGAAGCCUGUUCGUUUGUGGCUGUACAUGUGGGUGAAAACCCGUUACUCCUGAAAGAACUGAAUCUGAGUAAUUAUGAACUAGGAGACCCACGAGUGAAUCAACUCUCUGCUCUACUGCAGGAUAAACACUGUAAACUCAACACACUCAUGCUCAGUAAUUGUGGUCUAACAGAGGAAAGCUGUUCAGCUCUUGCUUCAGUUCUCAGAUCAGACUCCUGCAGUCUGAAGGAUCUUGACCUGAGCAAUAAUAAUCUGCAGAAUUCAGGAGUGAAGCGGCUCUCUGAUGGACUGAAGGACAACUGUAAAUUGGAGAAACUCAGACUAUCAGACUGCAGUAUCAGUGAAGGAGGUUAUAAAGCUCUGGCUUCAGCUCUGAGAUCAAACCUUUCACACCUGAUAGAGCUGGAUCUCAGAGGAAAUGAUCCUGGACAAUCAGGAGUGAAGGAGCUCACUGACUUACUGCAGGAUCCACACUGUACACUGAAGACACUGAGGUUUCUUAGUUCUGCUGUAGAGGAAGUCUGUAAACAUUUGUCUGAUGUUCUCACUGGGGACCCGUUAAUCCUGAAAGAACUGAAUCUGGGUGGAUGUAAAAUAGAAGACAAAGUGAGUUAUCUUGCUACUCUACUGCAGGAUAAACACUGUCAGAUCAGCACACUGGUGCUGAACAAUACCAGUAUUACAGAAGAGGGUUGUGCUAAUCUGACUUCAGCAAUUACGUUAAACCCAUCACACCUGAGGGAACUGAACCUAAGUGAUAAUAAACUAGGAGACUCUGCAGUGAAAAACCUCAGUGAUUUACUGAUAAAGACACAAUUCAAGCUGGAGAAACUACAUUUGAGUAAUUGCAGUAUUACAGAGGAACAGUGUGUGAUCCUGACUUCAGCUCUGAAAUCAAACCCAUCACACCUGAGAGAACUGAACCUCAGUGUGAAUGAAAUGGGAGACUCUGCAGUGAAAAACUUAAGGGAUUUUCUGAUGAAGCCACAAUGCAAUCUGGAGAAACUACUUCUGCGUCAAUGCAGUAUUACAGAGAAGCAGUGUGAGAUCCUGACUUCAGCUCUGAAAUCAAACCCAUCACACCUGAGAGAACUGGACCUCAGUAGAAAUGAAAUAAACAACACAGGAGUAAAUCUUUUAUCUGAAGUACUGAAGGAUUCACACUGUAAACUGGAGAGAUUGAGUCUAAUUGAAUGUGGCAUCACAGAUGUUUCCUCUUUUGCUCACAAUUUGAUGAACACAGAAACCCUGAAAGAGCUUGAUCUUAGAAACAAUUCUAUAUUAAUUUCAAGGCGGAAACUGUUAUAUGUGCUAUCAGACUCUAACUGUAAACUGAGCCUAGACAAGGGUAACUUGCAUCAACGUUUUGCUGAAUUAUUUUUUGAUAAUCAGUGAACCCAUCAUCAUCAGGUGCCAUGGAGGAUGAAGAAUGGUCUGCUCAGGGCUCAGAUAUGUACUUUCAGCAGACAUCUGGCUCUAAAGUAUAAAGUCCUGAUGGAAGUAAUUUGCCUUUCAAAGAAUAUAAGUGUUAAGUGUAUACCUUAAAUACGUUAUACUCCAUGUGGCACUUCUGGUUUACAUUAUAUCUUUCUGACAUUGAAUAUACGAACUAUGUUUGUUUACAUUUAAACCAUAAUAGUUGUCAUGAAUGAACAAAUCAAAUAGUCUUUAAUCUUCUCAUGUAUUAGUUUGCUGUAUUAUAAAUUCAUCCUGUUUCAGGACGUUUUAUUAAACUUUUACUGAAAUGAAGCUACCAAAAUGACUAAUUUUGUCACAGUGUGCUGUAAUAAUAAAAGACCACCAGACUUACAGAAAAUCUUGAAUUUAACAUGUUUAGUGCUUUAAGUCAAAACCAGAAUAAAAAAAAAUAACUGACAGUUUUUAUAAUCUUCAUCAUAUUGUUUUUGAGUGAUUUUUUUUUUUAUUGUAUAAUGUGCCAUGACGCUCCUGCCCUAAUUUAAUUGCCCCUUGAGGGAUUAAUAAAGUUGUUAAACUAUAA